AUGACUCAAAAAACCCUCAAUGUCGGAAUAGUGGGAGCUGGUAUCGGAGGACUCACUGCGGCUAUUGCAGUGGCUAGGGCUGGGGCAACGGUGACUCUGCUUGAAGCUGCCCCUGAGCUGGGCGAGAUUGGUGCUGGAAUUCAGAUGUUUCCAAACUUCUCUCGAUUCCUCGUGCGAUGGGGCGUAGACAAGAUUAUUGGUGAUAACAUUGUCAGCCACCACGAUUGUAACACAUAUUUUGGUCCCAAUGCCACUCUGAUCGCGCACUCCUUGGCAUCUGACCUGGCUGCAAAAGCUGGAUUUCCCUGGUGGGUUGUCCGACGUGAUCAUUUGCACUAUGGUCUCACUGAGUCGGCACGCCGCCAUGGAGUCAAAGUCAUUGUGGGAGCUCGAGUAAGCGAGAUGCAAGAUUUAGCAGACGGCGUUCAUCUUCAAACCACAAAUGGCGACCGGUACUCCUUUGAUAUGGUCAUUGGCGCAGACGGAAUCAGAUCCUUCAUUCGAUCUCAACUGCUGCCCGGCAUCGUUCCCAAGGCCCCUUCCAAGAUUGCCGCUUAUCGUGGAGUGUUGUCUUAUAAGCAGAUAUUCGACGAAAUCCCAGAAGCCCGUGCUUAUCUCGGAAACAGUAUGGAUGUCUGGGCCGGCCCCAACGGCUAUAUCCUCACCUACCCCAUUUCGGGAGGCAAAGAGCUCAACAUUGUUACCGCCUUCUGCAAAGAUGACUACGUGACGAAAAUGGAGCAGGUCGAUAUUGAAGAAUUUCGAGACUACUACAAGGACUAUAGCCCGGUUAUUCAGAAAAUCCUCAAGCUGGUCAACUACACGCAGAGAUGGCCUCUUCUGCAGAUGCCUCCACUGGAAACAUGGUCCAACAAGCACAAGAACGUGGUGAUGAUGGGCGAUGCAGUACACUGCAUGCAAAACAAUAUGGCACAAGGCGCAGCGACGGCUAUGGAAGACGGAGCUUUCCUGGGCCGUGUCAUUAGUGAGGUCGUGCGCGGAGUCAUUUCUGUUCCAGAAGCCAUUCAACUCUACGAGAAGAGCCGAAUGUCUAAGGCUUGGGUCAAGCAACAGAUUUCGUACAUGUCCGGAGUUGUCAACAUGAUGCCUGAUUCAAGUGAGCGCAACAAGGCUACUCUUCCGGAGAUUCAAGCUGCAAUGGAGAACCGCAUUCGACCAGCGGAAUUGCCUGCAGCCUACCGAUCUUGGCAGUUUUAUUGCACGGCUGACACUGUUCCUGGAAUUUUUUACUAUGAUGCUGAAGGUGAUGCAGACAGUAUGGUGUGCGAAUAUUUGUGCAGCAAAGGACCUAUUGACGAUGUUCAAAUGCUCAGCGAGAAUCUAGAAAACAAAUGGAUGGGCUAUGUUCACAAUAAUGGACUGAAUUUGCAGAAUGGUGAGACAAAGUCGGCGAAGGGACCUGCUUUGACUGCGGCGGAUUACGACCGAUAUGGGCGCGGUCUUUAG